AUUAUUUGAUAACCGGAAGUGAAGAAGGAAUUGCUAUUCACUAUCAUCUGACAGGGAGUCUUUUGUUGAUAAACAAAACAACCCGCUUGGCGCCCCACUCCUUUUACACAUGCAGGGACAUUUAUUGUAUAUAGUAAGAACUUUUAGUAGAUUCGAUCUAUGCCAGUGUUGACGUUAGAUUAAGGAAAGCGGAAGGACACAUCUUGACGAUACAGGCGAGGCCUUUGUGUUGCAGUUCAGUUUCGACGGUUAUCCGGUUCCCUUGACGAUCGAAUUUGACCGUAAAUUUUCGAGAUGGCGUUAGGAUGCGGAGGUACCCUAGGAAAGGUUUUCCUAAUUCUAAUCAACAUCAUAUUCUUUCUGCUCGGUCUGGGGUUGCUGAUAGUGGGAGCUCUAAUGAAGGCCAACGUGAAGAUCGUUACUGACGAGGUCAAGCCGGCCCUGAAUACGGUCACCGUCAGCUCCUACAAGCUGGGCGACCUCGCCGACAACCUCUCCGUCGUCUUCAUUGUCAUCGGCGUCUUCAUCUUCAUCGUCGCCGGCCUCGGUCUGUUUGGCGCCUGUUGUCAAAACAGGUGUAUGCUGGUCACGUACGCCAUACUAGUGCUGGUCCUGUUCAUUGCGAAGAUCGCCGCCAUAGCCCUGUGGUUCACCAUGCAGGGAGAGGUAGAGGACAAAGUGAAAAGUGAAAUGCUGACAUCUCUACAGACAUAUUUCACAGAUGACAGCGUGGAUACGGGGAGCGAGGUUUCUAAAUCCUGGAACUACAUGUUCAUGACGCUGGACUGCUGUGCUAUUAAUAAGGUCACUUCAGCGACCAACGACUUUGACGAAUCCCCCUGGUGUAAAGAUACAGGUAAAUCCUGUAAGGAUACACUUGCAGAAGUUCCGCGGACGUGCUGUGUAAACGUGGAUGCUAGCACCUACACAGCGGCAACAGCUCCCUGUACCACUGGCGUCAGCGGAUACAACACAAUGGGUUGCUACGAUGCUCUGAAAGCCGAAAUCGACAGCUACUCUACCCCAGUUAUAGGGGUCGGAAUCACGAUACUCGUCAUUGAGCUGCUUGCAGUCAUUUUUGCCUUUGUGAUUUGUAAACAGACUGGUGAAGAAGUAGUAUAAAUGGUGGUGCAUCUGAUUGAAAUAUACAUAAUUAUAGUGGAGUGCAAGCUGCAUCUGUUAUAAAGCUGUUCAUAUUUCAACAAGAAUGAAGACCAGAUCUGCAAGCGUGUUGUUGCAAAUUGAGUAUUGUAUGUACGCUGCUGUGAUCCUUGUGAACUUUUACCAUUUGUCAUAUGCAUACAUGUAUAUAGGCUUAUAUAUAUAGAUACAUGUAGUAAAUAUAAACGUAAAUGCAUUGGAUCGUUGGUAUUAUCUAGUAUUAAAUACUGUAGUACUUAAAUACUCUUUUAUAAGUACUCAUCAUUGAAGAAGCAAAAAGAAGCAAAAAAUAUUACUAUGGUUGUGUAAAGAUCUGUUUCUAUGUAUCUACACCGAAUAAAGACUAUCUUUGUAAUAUUGACCAUAGUCCAACAUUUUCUCCCUGACUUGAUUAUCUGAAAAGCAUAACCACAGAAGGCAACUAGAUUGUAGUUUUAUGUUGAUGGACUGUUUAUUCAUUGUUUGAUUUCUUUGUCUUUUUUUUAUUGUGAAAACAUUUUUUUGAAGCUAGUAAGUAACUGUAGUGAAACAAUCUUAAAACAUUUUUAAUUACGAUUCAGUGUGGUAUUGCCAUUUGCUGAAUUCAUUUCCGAUGAUUUUUUUAAAUAUAAAUUUUGUGUUUUCGUGAUUUUUAUACCAAUGAUAUACAUUGUAGAUAAACAAAUCUUAAUUUUUAUUUGUUUAUCACAAUCUUGACGAUUUAAUUUAAAAUAAGAAUAUAUUUCAAAAUGGUGUCUUUUUUGUACAGUGCAAAACAUUUUUUAUGUCCUUAUUCCUUUCUUUUAUACUUUUGUACGUCACACCCUAUUUUUAUAAAAUGAAUUUAAUUUGUUCUUUUCUAAUUCAGGGAAAAACCUUUUAUUUGGUUUCCAGUGUUAGUAAGCACCAGUAAAAUACAUGUAUUUAGUUUAAUAGGAUCAUUUUUACUUAAUAUAUAUGAUAUUUUAGUUUCUUCUGCAUAAGAUUUGUAAAAUCAUUUUUCUAUAAUUUAUGUGCUAACGUGGUUUUAAAAAUACAUAAAAAUUAAAGUUUGUUGUCAAGAA